UUAAAAAGUCUCUGAAUGAGCCGAGGGGUUUUUACACUCCUGACGCCACAGUUGAAUGAUGAAGGAGCAGGACACAACACAAAGGUGAACUAUGGCACUAAGCAGCUGUCCAGUUCCGGUGGAGAUCGAAAACUCGGCCUUGGAGGGCUGGAAGGUGAUUGGCUCUGGAGGUUUCGGACAAAUAUACAAAGCCAGGCAUCGAAAGUGGUGCUGCGAUGUUGCCAUUAAACUGCUUCACCACGAUGAUGGAACCAGCUCCUCUUUGCUGCGAGAAGUAGACAUGAUGCGUCAAGGAAGCAGCCCUCACGUUAUUCAUGUCCACGGGGUGUUCAGGGGUCGACUGCCUGACGCGGGUUCCUCCGUACAGCUUGGUUUGGUCAUGGAGUUCAUGGAGAGAGGAUCACUUUCCUCUCUGCAGGAAACUUUACAAGUACCCCCUCCCUGGCCGCUCGUCUCCAGAAUGAUUCACCAAGUGGCUUUGGGUAUAAACUUCCUCCACAACCUCUCUCCCCCUCUGCUGCACCUGGAUCUGAAGCCCAGCAACGUGCUACUGGACUUGUCUUUGAACGCCAAGCUCACAGACUUUGGCCUUGCCCGAUUUUAUCACAGCGUCACACGAGGUUCCAGGAAGGACAGCGACGAGGCUGGAACCAUUAAUUACAUGCCACCAGAGGCGUUUACCAUAUCAUACAGUCCUUCACAGGCCUCCGAUAUCUACAGCUAUGGUAUCCUGCUGUGGUCCAUUAUCACAGGGAAGCAACCCUAUCCAAAUGCCAUGUCCAGCAUCGUGCGGAUUCGGAUCCCAGAGGGCGACCGUCCAUCCCUGGACGAGAUCAGAUGUCAGGAGGCGGGACGUGCAGGCCUGGCAGGACUGAUAGAGCUCAUGAAAAGAUGCUGGGAAACAAGACCCAGACAAAGACCUUCCUCUUUCGAGUGCACAGCUCUAACAGAAGAACUGUACAAGAUGCACAAACAUACGAUCAACGAUGCUGUCCAUGAAGCGCUGAAGGAGCUGGACCAAAAACAAGAAGCAGGAAUGUCUCGUAAUGAUACAACUUUAGUAACUUCUAGAGUUUAUGCUCUGAACAUUCACGAUAAUGUGCCAACGGGACGUCCGCCCGUUCAGGAAAUGGCCGGACAUUGGAUUGCAAACGAAAGAGUUGAAGCAAAAGAUUCCUAUCCAGGUCAACCUCCAAGUGCGUGCAAAGCCGUCCCUGCCUGCUCAUCCAAAGACUGUCAAGAGAAGACGUCCUCUGUUCAUCCGAUUCAGCCCUCGCCACCUCCUCUUUCAACUAGGAUGAUGCCUCAAAACAAAGCACCAAAAUGCUCACAGCAAAAGUUUAAAGAGCUGUCGCCACAGUAUCAGCGUCAGUUUUCCAGCCCUGAAUCGCUCCUCUGCAAUCCUCAACGAAGGAUCAACAUGCACUUCGUCAAUGUGAACGGGUUUCAGUUCGGCAACAACAACACCAUGUACAUCCAGAGCCCAGACCCCUCCGAGAGGAAGCGGCACCCAACAGCGCCAUCAACCAUCAACCUCCCACUGCACUGAGGUCACGACGCAGGACGGACCUUUUUAUUUUCACAUUUCCCUCAGUGGUUCUUUUACAGUUCUCUUUUACAGUGUUUAUGUGUGUGUUUUCUAAUCCUUUUAAUUUAGUGUUUCUUUUGAGUUAAAGUAAUAUUUCUGUUUUGAUAUUUUUUUUAUUUAUUUAUUCUGCUUUUUCCCUUUGAAAGGAUAAAAACAGCGUCCCACCCCCCUUUUGCACGGUCAGCAAUAUAAACAUGAGCCAAGUCUGAUCAUAUGGCUUUUGCUUUUUCACCAACUGAGGCCAGAAAAAUCCAAACCGCAGCGCCAGCUUUGUUUCUGAUGCCAAAGCUCUUCUUUCUCACAGACUGACUAUUAAUUUAAAGAAUGUAUAUAUAUAUAUAUAUAUAUAUAUAUAUAUAUAUAUAUAUAUAUAUAUAUAUAUAUAUAUAUAUAUAUAUAUAUAUAUAUAUAUAUAUAUAUAUAUAUAUAUAUAUACUGUACUAUAUGCUGUAAACUGUUGCCCAUAAAGUUGGAAUAUUUAAAAAAAAAUCUUCCCAUGAAAUGAUUGUGGAUGUUAAUGUUACUGAAAACAAAAUCAUUCCAACUUUAUGUGCACCAUAUGCACACAUAUUUCAUUACAUUUCCUAAAACUGUAAUUUCACCAGCAUUACUAUGAAAAGAAAAAUAUUUUUCGUAUCUGUCCUGAAAAAGUCAAAGCGUGCUAUUUAAAUGACUGUUCAUGGAGAGGACUAAAACAGUUUUUGGCAUCUACUGCUGUGCAAUAGAUUCCAACAAUGUCUUUUUUUUACCCUUAUUUGCCCUUUUGUACCCAAGAAAAUGAUGAUGACUGAAAACGAUUUGUUUUUGUAAAUACAAGCUUACAUUUGAACUCUUACCCAUUAAA